CAAGUGCUUCAAGGGCUGCCGCAGACCACCUGCUACCUGGACGACAUCCUGGUGACUGGCAGAACGAAGGAAAAUCCUAGGCCCAACGACCGGGAUCCCUACAAUGACAGCAGCGAGGCUCCAGAGGUGGGCCUGUCAGCUAGCCGCACACCGCUACACCAUCGUCCACCGGUCUUCCGAGGAAAAUGCCAAUGCAGACUGCUUGUCAAGACUCCCAAAAGCAACGGACAACCCCAACACAGACGCCGUCGACGAAACGUUCGCCUUCUACUGAACACCCGGCACCCGACAACAAGAGAGUCUCCGGCCCAGUUGAUGCUACAGCGGCAUCUUCGCACCAGACUGGACCUCCUGAAACCAUCAGUUGCAGACUGUGUGGCCAGCGCACACUACCGCCAACAGCGGCAACACCCAGGACAAGAGCGGGCUUUCACUGCAGGAGACCAAGUCUAUGCCAGAGAUUAUCGAAGUGGUCACAAGUGGCAGCCAGGAACAGUCGCUGCCCAAACUGGUCCAGUGUCUUUCCAAGUGCAAGUCUCCCCGGGACGGGUAUGGCGAAGGCAUCAGGACCAGUUGCUCCGAGCACCGUCGCAAGACUCCGGACCUUCAGAGUCUCGUCCAGACGAAGCGGGAGGGGUGUCUGCCACGGCUUGGACAGACAGCACACCGGAAGUCAGCGCAGGCGACAGGUGCCUUCCACAGGCCUCUUUGCCUGCACCAUCCGAAGUCCCGAGGCCAAGAAGUAACACCCAGGAUGCUGAGACGCUCAUGGAUGCAGAUAAUAGUGACGGAGAGCGACGGUAUCCCGUGCGAGAUCGGCGCAAGCCUCGAAGGCUAAUAGAAGAAUGAAAAAAAAAAAAAAAAAAGCGACGGACUUU